UGUAACAUCUUUGGUAAAGGCGUUAUUUUUGUUUUCGUGACCCGGAAGUGUUGGAUCUGUCGAGUGUUUUAGCGAUCUUUGUUUACAUGCGAUAUUCACCGAAGACUUUGCUAUUUUGUGUGAGGCUGGUGAAUUCGAUGUGACGCGCAGUGAUGAACGGCAGCUCGAACCCGCCUCUCGAUAAAGAAGAGCAUGUGUUAAAGCUCGGAGAUAGUUUUGAGAAGAGGCCAAGAUCAUCUUUUCACACCAUCAGAUAUGAUUUUAAACCAGCAUCCAUAGAUACAUCCUGUGAAGGAGAAUUACAAGUAGGAAAAGGAGAUGAGGUUACCAUCACAUUACCACACAUACCAGGCUCCACUCCACCAAUGACAGUGUUUAAGGGCAACAAAAGGCCGUAUCAGAAAGACUGCGUUCUCAUCAUCAACCAUGACACCGGAGAGUUCAUGCUGGAAAAGCUCAGCAGCAGCAUACAAGUCAAGAAAACAAGAGCUGAGGGAAGCAGUAAGAUCCAGGCUCGUAUAGAGCAGCAGUCAGUGAGAUCUAACCAGCUGACGGCACAGUUCCGCACCCCCAUCAAGCCCGGAGCGGGGGCGAAGACCUCACCAACCAAAGACAACCCUUCACCUGAGCCUCAGCUGGAUGACAUCAAACGAGAGCUACGGGCCGAGGUGGAUGUGAUUGAGCAGAUGAGCAGCAGUGGCAGCAGCAGUUCGUCAGACUCUGGCAGUGGUGAUGACAGCUCCUGCAGUGAUGCAGAACAGGAAACUCAUCUGUCCCCCAGCAGGAACAACAUGGCCAACGGAAUGAACAAAUCACAAGGCAGCAAUCAGCUGAUGAGCACACUCCGAAAUGAUCUUCAGCUAAGUGAAUCUGGCAGUGACAGUGACAUCGACUGACCUCCCUGAUGUUACAAACAUAGAUUGUGUUUCUCUGUGUUACAUGCUUUCAUAGAUGAUAUCGGUCAUUUUGCAGUGGUUUCAUAGAUAUGAGUGCUUUUGCAGUUUUAUCUUGAGCUUUUAAUGGAUUCAUGUUAACAUGGAGAUAUCAUAGAAAGUGUUGAAGAAUGUAAAAUAAUUUUAAUGGAUUUUAUUUUUAUUGCAAAGGGAAAUGUUUGAACAGAUAAUGUUGUUUAAAUCAUUCAAAUUUAAUAUUGUACCUUUGGUUGUUCAGUAUUUUUAUGAAGCUAAAAAUCAUCCAUCAGCAUUGCUUAUUUCUCCUAUCCCCUCAUGUUCAGUGUUGCAUAAACCAAAUUAAUUGCAUGAUCUUUAUGCAGACUGCUUUUCGCAUUGCCUAUGAGGUUAAGCCAAAAUGUUUUACACAGUUUAGAAUUCAGUGGAAACCGACAAGUACAAAUGACUUUGUCGCAUUUUUUUUGACAUAAGGGUCACAUUCCCUCACAUAAAACAUUUUAAAAUACUGUCAAUACCCCAUGUCUCAAAAUAUGUGUAUGUGGUUAUCUAUAGAAGUGUAUACUGCUGGUUUAGCCCAAAAUAUUUUUUUAUUGCACUGUACAAAAUAUUUAUGUUGUAAAUACUGAACUUGUAUUAAACCUGCAACAGUUA